AUGCGGUUCCUCGCCUUUGCCACGGCCGCUCUGGUAGCGUUCCCCUUUGCCACGGCCGCAGAAGCCCCAGAGGCCCCAGAAAUAUAUGACCCCGAAGUGUGGCCCAACAACAUCGAGAAGAUUCAGGAUACGAUCGUAGAGCACAAAAUCCCCUCUGAGCAUCCAUUGUAUUUUGUCAAAUACAAGUCGCCAAAGACUCCAAGGCUCAUUCCGAAGCAAUCUGAGAACGAAAACCCCAGCUAUAAGCUCGGCAGGUUUCAGAGGCCACCUCAGGUCGAAAAGGCCAACCCGAAGGAGCAACCCCAAAUCGAAAAGAUCCAGUACCUGAAGUCACCCAAGAUCGAAAAGGCCAAACCGCAGGAGCAAGCCCAAAUCGAAAAGUUCAAGUACCUGACGCCAACCAAGAUCGAAAAGGCCAAGCAGCAGAAGCAUGAUCCCUUCAAACACCAAAAGCUUUGUCACAAGCAUGACCACCUCAAGCCUUGUCACAAGCAUGAUCACCACAAGCAUGGCCACAAGCAUGAUCACCACAAGCCUUGUCACAAGCAUGAUCACCACAAGCAUGGCCACAAGCAUGACCAUCACAAGAUUCACUAUUUGCAAGAUCAUCAUGAUCUCGGCCGCAAGCAUGGUCAUGACAAGAACAAGCAUGAAAUCUAUUACAAGCAUCAACAAGAGAAGAAGAAGAAGCAUAAGGACCUGACCGCCAAGUGCAUCUGCGAGAGGCUCCAUCGCUUGGCUCACAAGGCCGACCGUCUCUUUGACCAUGUGAAGGACAUCAAGUGCGGCAACGGCGAUCGCGAUUGCUGGGAGCCAGUCCGCAAGGGUCUCUAUGAGAUUGAGUGGGAACUCGACCUCUUCGAUAGGGCAAUUGACAAGUCCAACCUGAACAAGUGCUUCAGCGAACAAGAGGAGGCCGAUAUUGCCCGCUGCUUCUGCCGUUACGCCGAAGCCCUAAUCAGGCUCCUUGACGAGAUCAGCAGGAAGCUCGAGCACAUUGAAGGCAAAACCGCUUACUUCAUCGUCACUGCUGUCAACAGUCUGCGUGCGGCCGACUACGCUUUCGUUUACGAGUUGGGUCGCCGCCUGCAGCGUGAAAAAUAUCAGAUUGAAAUCUUCAGGAAGGAGGGUGCCACAGAUGGAAGCACUCCCCACAGCAUCCGCAAGGCGUUUGCCCUCUUCGUCAGCACUCCUUAUAUUACAGGAGAGGAUUUCCGGGUCGAGGAUUACCAGAAGGAGCCCAAGGAGAAGGAGCUGAAGAUUAUCGAGGAGAUCAAGAACAAGCACAAGCACAAGGGCCAUCACCACCCUCAUCAUCACAAGGGUCACCACCAUCAUGAUAAACAUUGUCACCACCACCGUCCUCAUCACAAGGAUCAUGACCACCACCGCUAUUACCACAAGGAUCUUGACCACCACCGCCAUCACCACAAAGAUCAUGCCCGCCACUGCCCUCACCGGAAGGAUCAUGAUGACCACCGUCAUCACCACAAGGAUCAUGCUCACUUCCAUGAGUACCAUAAGGGUCAUGACGACAAGGAUAGGGAGAAGGAGAAGGUCAGGAUCAAGGUCGAGGAUCAUGAUAACCGGGCACAGUAG